GUUUGAAUGUUUAAUUCGCACUUGAUUUAAGCUUCAAAAUUGAUUGAAAUUACUAAUGGUGAAAGAAUUUUCUGUUCACUAAGACUCAUUCAAUUCUGUGGUUUGAAUUGUAUCACCAUGAUAAUCAGCUGAAAGAGAAGAAUGAAGAAAAUCGUAAGACCUUGUUGUUGAGAAAAUAUCAAAUAUCUGGAUAAACUUAUUAAUCCAUAGGACUUUGAUAAAGAUUAUUAAGAUUCUAUUGGAAUGUUAAACGUCACAUUUUGUUAAUGACAAUUCUAAUUGAUAGAUGGAAGAGAAAAGUAUAAAAUGAACGUUAAUUGUUAAAAUGAGAGAUAAAUUUACCGUUAAGUCAGUUGAUGAUCGGCGGUCGAUCAAGUCUACUUACAGUGUUAAUUGAUUGACGUGUGUUGAAAUAUAUAAAUAAGUCCAAGUCCGUGUUAACCGUUAUCCUCGUUCAUUCAUAAUUGUAAUACUACCAACAAAAGGGUUGAAAGAAAAUGGGUAAAUUAAAAUCGCUGAUUGAAAUUCUGAAAGAUUCUCAUAUGGAAUUUUUUUACCUGGUGUUCAUGUAUGGAUUAACGGUUCAAUCAACUGUUGUAACUCAACUGAUUGAGGAUAAAAUUUGUCUCAAUCAAUUUGGAUUUAAAUUAAACGAUUGUCUUGAUGAUAAAUCAGAUAAUAAAACUAUGAUUCUAAAACAAGCUUCGUUAAUUACAAGCUAUCGAUCGCUUCUGAGUAAACUUCCAUCAAUAGCUACAACCCUGUUCGUAGGUUCAUGGAUUAAUAACUAUCCGAAUCACUUAAAGUUCAUUAUUACCAUGCCAUGUAUUUCCAGUAUUCUUCAGAUAUUCAUACUCAUUGGAAAUGUAAUCUUUUUCAAAUUGGAUCCGAAAACCGUAUUAGUUGUUGACCUUUUACCUUGGAUAUUUGGUACAAUCCGAAAUACAUUUAUGGCCCUUCAAACUUACGUUGUAUUGACUAAUCCACCAGAGAAACGGAUUAUUAAAUUUGCUUCCAUUGAUGUUGCCAGUUUAACGGGGUCGAUUGCUGGUCAGUACACUGGAGGUUGGAUUCUUGAUCAGAAACCUUGGUUUCCUAAUCAACUUCACAAUUAUCUUGGAGUGUUCAUCAUCUCAUUGACAUUCAAGCUAAUUGCUGUUUUAUUUUUCAUAAUUAAAGUACCAACGGUUUACAGGUUGAAUGAAAAACGAGCUAAAAAGAAUCCAGAUCAUGCGAAACAUAAUUUACCUAUUAAAACACAGAAAUCGUUGGAAACCCAAAAAUCUGAGGAAUACGAAGGUCCAGUUAAAGAAUUUAUUUCGAAAGUUUUUUCAAUCGAUGCUCAGAAAAAACUUUUCGGAACAUUGAUCAAAGAGCGUGAAGGUGGACGAAGAGAGGUACUACUGCUUCUUGUCGGUGCUGAGAUUGUUUUACAUAUCGAAAUGUCUCUCAGAGGAAAUAUAACCUUCCAGUUUUCUCAAAAGGCUUAUGGUUGGUCAAACUACGAUUAUUCAAGGUAUCAUGCAAUCGUCAGGGUGAUUCCAGCAUUCAUACAAUUGGUUGGACCUCGAGUUUUCAUUCAGAGACUUGGAGUAUCUGAUAUAAACCUUGGACUAAUCGCAAUCGUUUCCCAUGCGGCUGAACAAACAAUCACCGGCUCCUGGUUGGCCACCGGUGGUUUUAUAGCUGCUACAUUAUCAGGGUGUGUUUUCACUCUGUUCAAUGCCGCUGUCAGAUCACUUCUUUGUAAUGUUGUCGAUCGAGAUGAAGUUGGUGGGGUUUUCAGUAUGUUAUCGGUAUUCAGUUCAAUUCUUACCCUGGGAACCGAUUGGGUUCUCAUCAGAGUUUUCAAUGCAACUUUGACUUCCUAUCCUGGUCUAUGUUUCCAUAUGUGUGCCUGUGCCGCAAUUAUACCUUUCAGCGUUUUCCUUUGGGUCAAAUUUAAAAGGCCACAUUUGGUUAGUAAAAAUUUGGUCAGUUCGAUGGGAGGACCAACAAAGAAACCAGAAAGUGAUAACCCAAAUUCAAUUGGAAAUGGAAAUGUAGAAAUGAGCGAGAAAUCUCAUGCUAAUGAUCUUGAAAAUGGCAAGAAAAUCGAACCCGAUAAAUAUCAAUAUAAUUAAAUAUAAUUAAAUAUAAUAUGAAACUUCAGGAAAUUUUAUCAUUCACAAGUAAAAGCCUCUUGGUUAAACAUUACGACGUCAAUAUCGUUUUCAUGAGCAUUUAUUCAACUUCAUCCAAUCUCAUCUCAUCUCAUCUUAUAUUAUUAUUAUUAUUUAUCAUUUAAAUUGUUUUCCAUUUCUCAUUGUUAUUAUCACAUAAAAUAUUAUUCUCUGUUGAAUGUAUUGAAGAAAUAUACACCUUGUUACUUAUAUUAAUUGUUGAUUUUAAUAAAUUUCGAACAUCGAUAAUUAAUGUUGAUCUUUU